UGAAUUGAUUGAAAAAAUAACCUUCAAAACUUUGGAAAUAUGAAGAAAUACUCUUCCAAAUAAUAUACAUUUAUUUUGCUAUACUCCAACCUCCUUAAUAUAGAAAUCUCAAGAACCCCAACAGCUUGGACUCAGUCAGCAUCCACGUGUUCAUUUUUCAUGGCACGUGUCUAUUUCAAGCGCCACGUAGCCUCACUCCCUUUAUCCUCCAACUCUCCUCUGUUAUAAAAUUAUCGAACUUUUCCCAUUCAUUCAAUGCUUCACCUCACACUCCCUUCCCAACGAUGAAGAAACACUCAGCAGUUUCAGUUUCAGGAUCGUCGUUUUCACCUUCAAUUCUUAUCCCCAUCUUCUUCCUUUUCCUCUCUCUUCCUGCAUAUGCCGAUGACGGGUGGUGGGAAGGAGACACUCCUGUGGUGAAGAGAGCCAAUGAAAGAAUCCCAAUUCUUAAAACAGAGUACGGUGAGAUCUCCGCCGUUGAUUUCGACGAUGGCACUCGAUUUGGACGUUACCAUCUCCAGUUCAUCACAUUGGAACCCAAUUCACUGUUUCUCCCUGUUCUUCUUCAUUCUGAUAUGGUGUUCUAUGUCCACACUGGAAGUGGGAGAUUGAAUUGGUUUGAUGACAAUGAUUUGAAGGAGGUGGAUUUACGGCGGGGAGAUCUUUAUAGGCUUCAUCCAGGUUCCAUUUUUUACUUGCAGAGUAGCUUAGAGACCGAACGUGAAAAGCUUCGAAUUUAUGCUCUGUUUUCCAGCACAGAUGAAGAUUCAUUCAAUCCUUCCAUUGGAGCAUACUCCCGCGUCACUGAUCUGGUUCGGGGCUUCGGCAAAGAAGUUCUUCGUAAAGCUUUCAUGGCCCCUGAUGAAGUAAUAGAGGAAAUAAUGAACGCUAAGAGGCCGCCGCUUAUCGUCCACGCUGCUGCGCCAACUCCGAGCAUAAAGGCAAAGUCGUCGUCACCAUGGGAAUUUGAGGCUCGGUUAUUGAAAUCUUUCCUAGGAGGAGACGCAAGUGCGAUAGAAUUCAACAAGAAGAAGAAGAAGAAAGGCAUAUACAACGUUUAUGAAGUAGACCCUGAUUUUGAGAAUUGCAAUGGAUGGAGUUUGACUGUAACCAAGAAAAACUCCCAUCAAUUGAAAGGCUCCAACAUCGGCUUCCUCGUAGUCAACCUUACAGCGGGUUCAAUGAUGGGUCCGCAUUGGAAUCCGAGGGCGUGGGAGAUUGGGAUUGUGACAUCGGAUGAGCCGGGGGUGAUUCGUGUAGGGUGUUCGAGCACCUCGGCGAACAGUUCAAAAUGCAAGAAUUGGAGUUUUGUGGUAGAGAAAGGGGAUGUAUUUGUAGUGCCAAGGUUCCAUCCAAUGGCGCAAAUGUCAUUCAACAACGGAACGUUUGUAUUUGUGGGAUUUAGCACAACGAAUGGACAUAACAUGCCGCAGUUCUUUGCUGGGAGCAGCUCUGUUUUGAAAAUUGUGGACAGGGAAGUAUUGGCAUGGUCGUUUGAUGUGAAUGUGACAACGAUUGAUCGGUUGUUGAAAGCUAGAGUUGAGUCGAUUGUUUUGGAAUGUACUUCAUGUGCUGAAGAGGAAGUAAGGAAAAUGGAAGAGGAAGCUGAGAGAGAGAGGGAGGAGGAAGAAGAGAGAAAGAGAGAAGAGGAGGAACGUAGGAAGAGAGAGGAAGAAGAAGAGAGAAAAAGGGAAGAAGAGGAACGUAGGAAGAGAGAGGAAGAGGAAGAGAGGAAACGGGAAGAAGAAGAACGGAGGAAGAGAGAGGAAGAGGAAGAGAAGAAACGGGAAGAAGAGGAAGAGAGGAAGAGAGAGGAAGAGGAAGAGAAGAAACGGGAAGAAGAAGAAGAGAGAAAAAGGGAAGAAGAGGAACGGAGAAAGAGAGAGGAAGAGGAAGAGAGGAAACGGGAAGAAGAAGAAGAAGAGGAAGAGAGGGAGAGAGAAGAAGAGGAAGCACAGAAAGAGGAAGAGAGGAGGAGAGAAGAGGAAGAGAGGAGGAGGAGAGAAGAGGAAGAGAGAAAAAGAGAGGAAGAGGAGAGAGAGAGAGAGAAAGAGAGAGGAGAGGAGGAACAGAGGAGGAGAGAAGAAGAAGAGGAAGAAGAAGAAGAGAGGGAGGCAGAGAGAGAGGAGGAGGAAGCUAGGAAAAGAGAGGAAGAACAUCAAAGAGAGAGAGGGAAGAGGCGGAGAGAGGGGGAGGAAAGACAAAGAAGACGGUGGGAGGAAGAGGAAGAAGAAGGUGGAGGAGAGGAGCCGCAGCUGCCACUCGCAGUACUAAGAAUUUUGGAACAAUGGACUUAACAACUAAACUAGAGAAACACUCUCAAUGUCCCUAUCCUAAUGAAUAACUAAGAGAUGCAACAAAAAGAUGUCACAUUUUGUGUUAAAAACUGUUCAAGUUUUCAAGUUUUGUCGUGUAA